CGGUGGCGCCGCCAUGAGCGUGGCGCUGCGGAACGCGCAGCGAGCCGUGCCGGUACGCCGGGCCGCGCUUCGCCGCGCCGUGUGCGCCUUGCGCGCCGCCCUGGGCGCCUCCCGCUUCGACGUGGGGCUAGUGUGCGCCAGCAACGCGCUGAUGCAGCGGCUGAACGGCGCCUACCGACACUGCCCGGAGCCUACCGACGUCCUCUCUUUCCCGUUCCACCAAGUGGCGGCCGGGGAGCUGCCGCGGCCGUGUUGUCGUGGCGAGUACAACCUGGGGGACAUCUUCCUGGGGGUGGAAUACAUCCAUCAGCAGUGCCGCGAAACCGGGGAGAAUUUUGACGAUGUCCUGACGGUGACGGCGGCCCACGGAUUGUGUCACCUACUCGGCUACCGGCACGACACCAAACCCGAGUGGGAGCAGAUGUACCAGAAGGAAGCGCAAAUCCUGGGGGAGCUGAACCGCAUCACAGGCUCCCGCCUGCGGCCCCUCACAGCCGGCCUCUUCUGAGACCCUUAGAGGGGCUGGGGCUCCGCCGGUACCGCCCCGGACGUGGCGUAGGGAUGGCGGCGCAGGGGCGCGGCGGCCG